CAUAAGUGUCAUUUGUAUCAGAAACACACUUGAAUGUGCAUAAUACUUUUGUUGAGCAAAAGAAGUUCAGACUUUCUACCGUUACAUUUAGGUAAGUUCCUUUUGGAAAUGUAUUAUUAUGGAAAUUGUAGGCCUUUCUGUCAUGUAAAUAGGCCAAGACACAUAAUGGUGAUACCUGUUGGACAGACGGUUAAUUUUAAUGACCCCAAAGAAUGUGGACAGACAGAUGAAUUUAAUUGAUCACUAUUAAUGAUACUGAAUUAUGUGUCAAUAGACAUAUAUGUUCUAGUGUGAAAAUGGUAAAGACAUGGCACUGCCCGUCUUCAAUCAAAAUUUCACAUUCAACUGUAGGAGGACCAGAGAGUUGACCGACCAACUGUGGGGGUUCCCCACACACACCGUUGAUCUGAGACCAGAUACAUGGUCAAGGAAAUAAUGGAAACAGCUAGCCCUGGUGCUAACAAUGCUGCUAGGCAGGCAUCAAAGCCUAAGAAUUCGAAGCCCAAGGUCUCUCAGCGACACCUGGAUGAGACUGUGCCCAGACAUUUUCCAGUGACAGUGUACACACAAGUGGGUGGAAGGAAGAUGGAGCUGGAAAAGAACAGGUUGAAGCAGGAGGAAAGACAGCAUGAUGCAGAAAGAGAGAGAGAGCUGGAGAGGAAGAGAGAGAGGAAGAGACUUCAGCAGGCAAGGCAAGAGCAGCAGGUGGAUGAGGAGAGAAGAACACAGAGGCACUCUCAGCUAGGACUCUCAAAUUCCAUAAUGGAAUUUCAGUCCUAUCACUGA